AUGAUGUUCGAUCCACCGGACUAUCCCUAUAAAGAACUAGCUGAAGUUUAUGAGACCCAGAGUCUCUUAUUUAGUGGCAAUAACGAGACUAAAACCUUAGAAGUGCCAUCUAUCGAUACCACAGAUAAUCAACUAACUUUAGAAUCGAAUGUUAGCGGGCAAUACUUUAACGUUGAAAGUAUAUUGGUCCGAGAAUCAGAAAAUUUAAUGGAACAAGCUACAGAAUGUUAUGUUGUCCAAGAUGAUAAUUUAUUUAAUUUCGAAUCAACUUUACUUGACGAAAACACUGUUAACCAAUUUCUUUUACCAGCUAAAGGUUCUGCAGAAGCAAAUAGAGAUGAACAGAAUGGACCCGAUGUGCUGGCUUUACACUCAUGUGUGAUUUGUCAUGAAAUUUUUACAACUGAAAGUGACUUGCUUGAUCACACUAUUUUGUUGCAUGCUUCUUCACAGACUGAUACUGGUAUUCUCGAGCAUCCUACUGAAGCCACGAAGAAAGGUACAAACGACUUUGAUUUUGAAGCUGAGUGGCUUGUUUGCCGAAUCUGUGAACGUGUUUUAUCAACAAUCUUAGAAAAGGAGCCAAACGAACAAUUAUGUUGUCUUGAUUAUGAUGGUGUAAGUAAGGUUGCAUCACGAAAAUUGACCACGAUGUACGUCUGUGACGUUUGCAAUGGCCUCUUUGCUGACUGCGAUGCUCUAGAUAAACACCGCCAAAACUGCUACAUUGAAGAAUUAACAAAACAACAAAACUUCUCUGUAAGUCCCGAAGCGACUUUUUCUUGCGACAUUUGCGACAAACAAUAUUACACUAACGAAGACCUUAAAAUUCAUUCGUUGGACUGUCGCAAGAACUUUCCUCCAAGAACCAGAAAACAGAACUAUACGAGCGCUGGCAACACUAAGAUGUGGAACUGCGGUUCAUGUAAUCAACUCUUUACAACUGCUAGAGAGCUUUACCGCCACAAGCGGGGUGAAGAUCGCCCCGAAGGAGCACCCCUGCUGGCUUACGUUUGUGAUGAGUGCGACAAGGUGCUCGGAAGUAUGUGCGCGCUUCACACUCACAAGAAGAUGCACAAAGUUUCUAAGCCUGGCUACCCCUGUCGAGUUUGCGGACGUCGCUUCAAUCAGUCCGGUCAUCUCGCUAUACACAUGAGGAUGCACACUGGAGAACGACCCUACCCCUGCGAUCUUUGCCCGAAAGCUUUCAAAGUAAAGGUGGAGCGCGACGAUCACCGUCGGACGCACACCGGGGAGCGUCCCUUCGCGUGCGCCGCCUGCCACAAGACGUUCACCGCCGCGGCACGGUUGCGUGAACACGCACGCAUCCACACCGAUCAAAGGCCGUACCGUUGCGACAUAUGCGGAGCAGCGUUCAGAAGACCUUAUGCAAGAACUGUGCACACUCUGAUACACACGGGAGAAAAGCCACAUGAAUGCGAUGUCUGCGGAACCGCUUUCAGAAGGUCAGGAGACAUGUGGAAGCACAAGAGAACGCUUCACGGAAUCCGAACGAACUGUACAGAUACAAACAAACGAGAUGUUGAAUAG